AUGGCGAUUCAGGCGAUGCAUCCCUUUCUGGCUCCCCCUCCGAAUGGAGGUCUUGCCUCGAUGGGCGCAUAUGUGAGUCAGGCUCUUCCUCCUAUCUCCACCCCUGCUGUCGACUCCAGAUAUUGUGCUGACGAGCUGCUCGUUGGUCAGGAUGAGGGCGCCUCAUUUGGAACAUGGUGUGGAAAGUAUUAUCAGGUCGGUGCGCCUCAGCCCACUGCCAGGCCAGAAGGCAGUCUCUUCGACUAUCCACCAAAAUCCGAGCAGCCGUUGUUCGACUUCCAAUGCACAACCAAGUCUUCGAUUUAUAUCGAAGGGGACGACCAUUAUGACCCUCCAAUGAUCUUGGUUGAUACCAAUAUCACGCAUGACAUCGGUCAACCUUACCACAGCGACUGGUCCUCUAAAGUCCGCGUAGAUGUUUGGGUCGACAAUGAUCACUACCUUGGGGGCGAUGAUUUCGUCAUGAAUACUCUGGGAAAUCUCAUCCCUUUCAACGUCUCGUCCUUGAAAGCCGGGUCGACUAAACACAAUCUCACCUGCAAAGCCCAGGUCCAUGGACAGGUCUAUUACACUACCUCAACGCUGACAUAUCUGCCGCCAAAUCCAUACGGCGGGAACACGGUGAAAAUCGAUCGCAAAACUCAGGCAUUGUUGGUCCGAAACGAAACGAGCGGGGACAAGGCUUGGCAGACUUUGAUUCCUUUCGGAUACUACGACAGCUAUAACACCUCAACCAGCCUUCAGGUCUGUGGUAACAGCAGCAAUUGUGGCGAAGACGCAAGAAGCGACACUUUGAAUCGGCUCCGAAUGGCCAAGGAUCUCGGCUUCAAUCUUGUUCACACCGUUCCCCCUGGAGGAUUUUACCCUUACACCUUUGAUGCUGAAGCCACGGCUCAAUUCGAGGAAUACAUCUCGACUGCCGAGUCGUUGGGUCUUUACAUCCAGUACGACAUGCGUAACUCGUUCAAAAACCUCUCUUCAGUUGCCUACCAGAUCGACUACCUGCGCAAUCGCUCAAACAUCUUGCUGUGGUAUUCCGGGGACGAGCCUGACGGUGCUGUGGACCCCAUCGAUUCUACCAAGCUGGCUUACGAAACCAUCUAUACCCACGAUGGAUACCACCCAGUCUCGCUCGUACUCAAUUGCGAGAAUUACUUCUUUGAGGAGUACGCUCUACAAGGUAGUGAUAUCAUCAUGGUCGAUCCGUAUUCGAUAGCUCUGAACGCCGCAUGGUCCAAGACAUAUAACACAAUCGUGACUGAGAACUUUGGUGUAUCUGGCUGUGACGGCUGCGUGGGUAACUUCUAUGACAUCUCCAACCGGGUCGAGGCCUCACGAGAUCGAGCUCGUCUCCGAGGUCAGUGGAGGAAUAAACCUACUUGGAUUGUCCCGCAGUCGUUUGACGACGCCCAGCUCGAAUUUUGGUACCGCGCGCCGUACGGCUCGGAGAAUGCCUGUAACAAUAUCUUGGGCUGGAACCACGGAGCACAAGGGUCUGUUGCCUGGAAUUCGCAGUACAGCACCCAAGAGCUCCUGCGAAACUCGUCGGCGAUUGCCCAUCUCGUAUUCAGUCAGCGUCGUUUCCUUCUCGAGGCGUACGAGACCCGUCGACAGAUUCUCUCGGAUCAACCUUAUCCUGGCAUGAACGGUAUAGACAUUGCUUCUUGGACCAUAGAAGACAUAAACGGCACUGGCAAGACCGAAAGAUUGAUCAUGGCAGUCAAUGCACAGUACGGACGCGGUGAGGAGUCGUGGACUUUUGGUCUGCAAGACUUUUUGGGUACUGUAAAAGAGGUUCUAUACGGCAACGUGGCCAAGGGACCUAACGGGGAACCGGUCUUUAUGUUGCCAAGGACUAGUGUGGCAGCGGUCAUCCUGGAAGAGUGA